CUCUACAUCAUUGCGUUGACCACGCGAAUUCCAUUGGCAGGUCCGCUCCCGGCUGUUGACGUGUCUUGCCCCGCCAUGUCCACUGAAGAUCGCCACGGUCAUCUGCACGGUAGAUGGGAAGGCCAUGAUAACCGUAAAUGGAAGCUUAUGAAUUAUGCUUACGAUGUUCAAAUCAUCGAAGCGCAAGGACCAUCCCAUAGGGUUAUCGCAGCUACCCCUGGUCUGUGCAGGUCAAACCGCUGUCACACAUCACGCAUCCCAAGGAUUGCUUCCCCGCAUUCCACGGCAGGAGGCACGUGGAGUAUAGAGGAUUCUGCAAUGACGGAAAAGAGAUGGAAUAGAAAGGAAAGAACUCCGUGGUCGAUAAAGUGUAGUUCUCUGAUCCUGUGUAGUAUCGAGGCACCAAAACUUUUGGUGUCCGUUAUACUGGGAGGGAGGAAGCAGACCGAGUUAGUCAAAUUCACGUGCUGA